UGUCUCUAGCGAAUCACUAGAGACACUAUAAUCAGUGUCUCUAGCGAAUCACGAAAAACGGGGCCGUGACAUCUCUCAGAUGUUCUGUGCUCUCAGGUUUCUCUCUGGUGCACCUACCAACACGUAAUUCUUUAAUCUAAGAGUGCGACAAAGAACGUGAAGUAGUAUGGCAGACGUGUCAAAUUCGCAACCGCCACAAAUGAGCCCACUCAUGGAAGAGGACUGGCGUUACGCGCAGGUGAAGAUGGAUAGUGAAGAUAGUUGCAGUUAUACGUGGUCAAUAGAUGACCUCAUCGAUUGCUGUAGAAACAUGAUAAAGAUGACGAAAAACUCACCCGCGUUCUCAGCAGGUGCCAACAAGUCGGAAUGGAAAAUGCGAGUACAUCUUAAUAAAGACUAUAACAUGUCGCUAUCCCUCUUUCUUCGUUGUUGCGACGAUGAAGCAGUCAACGCUAAGUACAAACUUUCUAUUCGUAAUGCCAGAGGAGAAGAAAUUAGUAACCAUGACGAACUGCACGCUCACAAUUUCGUCGAGGGUUGCCGUAUAACCAUCAACAACUUCCUCAAGAGAGACGAGUGUCUUCAGUACGCGGACACCGGACGGUUUCCAGAUAACAAACUUAUAAUAUACUGUCAGAUCAGCGUAAUAGAAGACAUUAUGGUCUUUCCCCAAGAAAGUGCGCUACAUGUACCGGAGCAAUCGACAUUGCUCGACAAUCUCGGGCUGCUGUUCGAGGACCAAAAAUUUUGCGACGUAACGUUCGCUGUUCGCGGAAAAGAGUUCCAAGCGCACAAAGUAAUUCUCGCAGCAAAAAGUCCCGUCUUCUCGGCAAUGUUCGAACACGAGAUGAAAGAAAGAGAGAAUAAUAGAGUGGACAUCACGGAUAUAGAUCCCGAAGUUUUGAGAGAAAUGAUGCGAUUUAUUUACACCGGUAAAGUCGCGAAUUUGAAGGAGAAGGCGAAAGAUCUGUUUAGCGCAGCGGACAAGUACGGAGUGGAAAGUCUGAAGAAAAAGUGCGAGGUGGCACUUGUCGAAAAAUUGGAUUUUAAGAACGCGACGGAAAUCUUCAUACUUGCCGAUCUCUAUGACGCCCCUCGGCUGAAAGCGUAUGUGAUUGACUUCAUUGUUACAUACGCGACGGAUGUGAUGGAUACCGAAGGUUUCGAGUCCAUGGCGAGUUCCUAUCCGCACCUGAUGAAAGAAAUUUUGCAGGCGUUAGUGACUCCGGUGCAAACAACAUCGAAAAUAUGUAAAGAAAUAAAUGAGGCACAAGAUACAAUAAAUCGUUUGCGCCGUUCGAGAUAUAAGGCUGGCUUUAUAGCCAUGCGGGCAAAAUGCCCGUAUUACCCAGGGAGAACAAAAAAGUCAAAAUGAUGUCAAAAUGAUGUCAAAAUAUAAUCAAAUUUUAGUUCGUCAAAAUGAUGUCAAGUUGCAUAAAUUUUUGAUGCUUUCUUGAUGUCAAAAUCGUGACAUAAUUUUGACUUAGUUUGACUAUUCGUAAUAUGAUACCCAGAUAGAACAUAAAACUCAUAAUGACGUCAUUAUGACUAUCACAAUUUUAUUUAUCACAUAAAAGUUAUCUGAACAUAUCUAGAAAAGAGUUUUAUGUUCUAUCUGGGUUGGGAUGAUUGUUAGUCAAAUCAAGACCUUUUUAUGACUACUUUUUAUAUUAUACAUUUUUAUAAUAAUAAGCAGUUAUACAGUCAAGAAACGUAUCACAUUUUCUAAAUAUUAAGAAAAAAAAUUUUUUUUAAGAAGUCAAUAUAAAGUCAUUUUUAACUCAU